UCGCACCCGCUCCGGUGUCGCACACUGGGCCUCCGACGGGAAGUAUCUUCAUUGCUGCAAUUAGAGACGGCGUCCACGCUCAUCCGCUUGCCGUUGUUCUUGCAAGGCCGUGUCGAGAGUCCGGGAAGCGGCUAUACUAGGAGUUCGGGGAAGAGGCGGUGUUCGACGGUUUCUCCGAGCAAACGUCGCCGAUCGGAGAAAGGACGAAUUCUUGCUUAGGUAUAAUGGCGAAGCGACGACCAACUUACAAGCGUCACGAUGCCACGGGCUGGGUUUUCCCUCGGGAUGGUUUCGAGUGGUCAGAUUUCGAAGCUGCCUGCAACUACGAACCCCGCUCCAGCGACAUACUGCUGAUGACGUAUCCGAAGUCAGGCACCACGUGGGUCCAGUACAUGCUCUACCUGCUCGUCCACGACAUGAAACCCGUGCCUCCGGGACGCCGACUGGACAGCUAUGCUCCCUUCCUGGAGAAAGGUGGCCUCCAACUACUUGACUCCUUGGAGCGUUCUCCAAGGCCCAUCAAAACGCACCUUUGUUUCGACGUGAUGCCCUGGCAUGCCGAGCCCCGCUACAUUUGCGUUCUGCGAAAUCCAAAGGACGUCUGCGUGUCUCUCUACCACCAUGUACGCGGCUUUGAGAAGUACUAUCAUUUCGCAGACGGCAGCUUCGACGACUUCUUCGAGGCCUUCCUGCAAGGCGAAGUGGACUCCGCCGACUAUCAUGACCACCUGUUAUCGCUUUGGCGACAUCGGAACAAAGAGAACGUGCUUCUGCUCACUUACGAAGACCUGAUGGAGCGGACCCUCCAAGAGGUUGGCAAGCUUGUAGAACACGUGAAGCCGUGCUUUCCCGCCGAAUGGAAGUCUCCAGACUUGGGGUCACUCGUUGCAGCAGCAAGCUUCGACGUUAUGAAGGCGCAGCGUCCCGAACAGUGGGCCAGCACCAGGCCGGAGAACAUGCCGGGUUUCAUCCGCCGCGGCCGAGUGGGCGACUGGCGCAACUAUCUCACUGAAGACCAGAACGAGAGGCUGGAGAGUAAGUUCGCACGCAAGAUCACUGGGUCCGGCGCCGAGUUCCUCUGGCCUCGAGAGGUGAAGGGGCCCACGUGCGUGUGAUGUGGCACCGGUGCCAUCGGAAAGUGGUGUAUGCGAACACAAGCUUGCGGAGAUGUAUACACGUGAGACCGUAGCUGUGUGCAUGUAAUUCACGUGCUUUAAUACAUGACGCACCUUGUUCUCCUAUUGGA